CAGUAGCAUGAAAGGGAAUUCUUCCUGAGGGACAACUGUUGAGCACAUUGGGACUCCUGAGAAAUAUUUUGGAAGCUUGAGCCCCAUCAGACUGGAAUCAUGUUAAAGAAGCCAGUGCUGGUGGAAUCCCUGAUCGUGUUCGUCAUCGUUCUCUCGGUGCACGCGGUGGUGUGGGACCGCUACUCCUGGUGCGCUGUCGCUCUCGCCGUCCAGGCUUUUUAUGUCCAGUUCAAAUGGGACCGCCUGCUCCAGCUGGGGGGGGCUGUGUUCCAGUUCCGGACAGCAGCAAACAGUGGCCUCCUGCCAGCCAGCAUGGUCAUCCCCUUGCUGGGGAUAGCCAUGAAGGAGAGGUGCAAGUUUGCUGGCAUUGUGUACUUCGAACAUUUUGGCAUCGUCGUAGCCUCCACUGGCAUGCUGGUCGCUCUCUUUCUGUCUGUAAUAGCGGUUGGCAUCACAAAACCUGUGCCAACCAACACUUGCAUACUUACUGGUAUUGCUGGCAGUAUAAUUAUCUAUACCAUGAAGCACUCUUUGACUGUUUCAGAAGUGAUAGAGGUCCUAGAAGUGCUGCUAAUUUUUGUCUACCUCAGUAUGAUCUUGCUGUACUUGCUGCCUCGAUGUUUUACUCCUGGGGAGGCACUGCUGGUUCUGGAAGGUAUAAGUUUUGUUCUCAAUCAGCUCAUUAAACGCUCACUGAACGUAAUUGAGGGCAGAGGUGAUCCCAUAGACUUUUUCCUUCUGGUAGCAGUUGUUGGAGUUGUUCUCCUUGGGCUUUUUUUCACUGUUCUCUUCAUUUUCAUGGAUUCAGGUACGUGGAUCUCCUCCAUGUUUUUCCACAUGAUGACGGCAGUGCUAGGCUUAGGGGUCAUCAUGCCUUGGCUUUACCGACUGAUCCAGAGGAACCCUUUGUUCUGGCUACUCCAGUUUCUUUUUCAGACACAGACAAGAGUUUACCUUCUUGUAUACUGGACCUUCUUGGCUGCUUCAGCAUGUGGCAUAGUUUUCUACCAGAAUGCCAAGAGAUCAUCCGAAUCUAAAAAACACCAGGCCUCGACUAUAACCAGGAAAUAUUUCCAUUUCAUUGUUGUAGCUACUUACGUUCCUGGACUGAUCUAUGACCGCCAGCUUCUCUACAUUGCUGCAGUACUGUGUCUGGCAGUGUUUAUCUUCUUAGAGUACAUUCGGUACUUCAGGAUCAAACCUUUCGGCCAAACCCUUAGGCACUUGCUGUCUCUCUUCUUGGAUGAAAGAGACAGCGGACCUCUAAUCUUGACUCAUAUUUAUCUUCUUCUUGGCAUGUCCCUCCCAGUGUGGCUGUUCCCCAGAUCUUGUGCUCCUAAAGGUACCUUGUCUGGGGCAGGAGCACUGGUCCCCUACUCUGGGGUGCUGGCAGUAGGGGUAGGAGACACCAUUGCCUCCGUUUUUGGCAGUACAAUGGGGGAAAUCAAAUGGCCAGGAACAAAGAAGACCUUUGAAGGGACAAUGACAGCUAUUUUUGCUCAGAUCAUUGCUGUGGCACUCAUUCUGAUCUUUGACAGCAGUGUGAAUCUGAACUCCAGCUAUGCCUGGAUUCUGGCAUCUGUGAGUUUAGUCUCUCUUUUGGAAGCUUAUACUACCCAAAUUGAUAACCUGCUGUUGCCUCUCUACCUCCAGAUAAUGUUUAUGGCUUAGAAGCACUUCCAGGAACAGGUUUCUCCCUUUCUAGAGAAAUGUGCUAAUAGGAUAUGCACUGUAAUGAGAGCUCAAAGAUGAUCUAAACACUGCUUUAGGUACGGCAGAUAAAACUGUUAAAAACAGAAGUGAAAAAGACCUAUUUAAAAUAAAGGUUUUGUUUUGGUCU